AUGUCACAGAGACGUAGGUGCGCGGGGCAGCGGAUGGGGUCUGGGUGGGGGCCCUGCGUCAGUCGGACGAGCGGAGCCAGCCGCGCCCGUCUGGAAUGUUCCAUAGGUCCGCGGCGGGGCCAACGGAGCUGUCGCUUGGCACGGCGCGCCGAUCAAGGCACGAUCGCGUAUCUAAUGUGCUCGCUGGGCGAUAUGUGCUCGUGCCCCCGGCGGGUCCCGGCGGGUCCCGCCGGGAUCCGCAGUGCCGCAUGUUUCAGCCCGCGUGCGGCGCUCGCGCGUAACUCCGGGACGCAUUCGACACGGCAAGCCGAUGCGCCGGCCCAAGGGCGCGAAUCCCGGGCGUGCGAAAAUGCGCAGCGUUCGGUGCAUGCACAAAGGGCGACCGACAAAGAGCGCGGGAUUUCCGUCCGACGUUGCCAGUGGCGACCGUGCGGUGCGCAGCACGGUGCAAACCUCAAGUCCGAGCAGGAUCUGCGUCCGGGCCGCGCCGACGUGCGCUGGGUCGCGCAACGAUUGGCGCGACGAUUGGCGCGACGAGGGCCGACCGCCGCCAGACAAUCAUCUCACGUAAGCGCCCGCCAAUCCUGCCUGCGCCCAACUCCGAGGUGA